AUGGCUGAGAAUUAUUUCUACGGUCUUAAUUAUGGUAUCAAUCAAAAUAACUGCCCUACAUUUGAAAUGAUCAAAUCUGAUUUUACAAAGAUACACAAAUCGAGUCCGUACUUACUCUUUAUCUCUGCAAAUGAAUUAGGUAUGUAUACUUAUUUGAGUAUGUGGAUUGAUAGUCCAGAUACGUUUAAUCAAGAGAUGAAUGCUCUAAAGAAUAUCCUUGACAAUAGUGAUUAUCAGCCAUUGACAAACGUAGAUGCUCUCAUUGUUGGUUCUGAGGUACUUUAUCGUAAUGAUACUGAUCCUGACACUUUAGCCAACUAUAUUCACACUGGGAUUCAAGUAACAACUGCAGAUGUAUACUAUACAUUUCCUCCAGUCAUUAUUGCAAGUAGAGAAAGACAAAAUGGAUUCUCUUAUUGGGAAGGUAUUUCUACUUUAUUAUCUCAAUAUCAGUCUGUAGUAGCCACCAAAGCAAAUGGAAAACCUGUUCGAAUUUCUGAAACAGGUUGGCCUACUGCAAGUGGUCAUUUUGGCAACUCUGUUGCUUCCCCUGCUAAUCAAAAACUUUAUCUAUCUAACGUUGUAUGUCAAACUCAAAGCGAUCAAGCUAAUUGGGGCAUUAUGUACGCUAAUCAUGCCUUAAAAGGCAACUUAUCUCCCUCUUUAUUUGCAAAUCCAACUUGCCAGGUUAAACACAUAUAUUUGUAUAUGUUAUAUAUUUAGUAAAUAAAAUAAAAUAAAAUAAAAAUACUCUAUUAUAAAACAUGUAUUAUAAUAUACACAAUUGUUUAUAAACAUUAUUGAACUGUUUUUUCAUCAAUGAUUACAUUAUGUUUUGUACUAGCAGUUUCAGCAAUUUCUUCAAAUACUUGAGCUGUCUUUUCUGUAGAAAUGACAGGAGACUCUUCAGAAGCAGUAACAGGUGAUCGUAUCCAUUCCUUAGGAAACUCUAAUCUUUGCUUUGGUUUUGGUAAAUUAAGAGGAAUAUCGGCAAAAGUAUCUUUGGUAUCCUAUUAUAUUAUAAAUAUGUGUAUAUAUUUUAAAGAUUUAUUAUAAUUAAUAACCUAUCUUUUUUUUUUUUUUGUUACCUUU